CAUUUCAAUAAAUCAACACAGAAAUAUUUUCUAAGUUAAUUCAUUGGGCAAAAUGGUGGUUAAAGUUUAUGGUGCCACCUAUGCAGCUUGCCCACAGAGGGUUAUGGCUUGCCUUUUCGAGUUAGGAUUUCAAUUUGAUCUCAUAAAAGUUGAUCUUCAAUCUGGAGAGCAGAAACAACCACAAAAUCUACUAAGACAGUUAAUCGCAUUUUUUGCAGCCCUUUGGACAAGUCCCUUCCAUAGAGGAUGGAGAUUUCAAGCUUUUUGGGCAAUAAUCAGGUACUACUCAGCAAAAAGCGCAAGCCAAGGUGGCACAAAUCUAUUGGGCGAAACAUUAGAAGAUAGAGCCUUGGUGGACCAAUGGAUGGAAGUAGAAGUCAACAACUACAAUCCAUUGAUUUACACAAUGGUCCUCCAGCUUGUGGUUUUACCCCAACAGGGUCAAGUGGGCGACAUGGAAUUAGUCCGAGAUUGCAAGGGUAAAUUGGAGAAAGUGCUCGACGUGUACGAGGAGAGGCUGUCCAAGAGCAAAUAUUUGGGUGGGGAGAGGUUCACCAUAGCAGAUCUGACCCACCUUCCAAACACGAGGUUCCUUAUGGAGGAAGGAGGUAUGGAGGAUUUGAUCAAACGGAGGAAAAAUCUCCACAAUUGGUGGCUAGAUAUUUCCAGCCGUCCAUCAUGGCUAAAGGUCAUGGACCUCCCAAAAUAACUGGGUCCUCCAUUCCUAUUCCGCGUCGUCGGCUCGUUGUUUGGUUAAUUUCAUAGGUGUAGUAGUAUUUCUUUUCAAAGUAAUCUACUUAUGUUUUCAAGUGAAAAAUAAUGUGCAAUAAUAAAAUAAAUAGAGUAUUCAUAUUCAUGUUACUGAAUUAAUAUUUUAUAUUUUCGAAACCUAAA